CUGGAACGCUCGCAGUUCUUCCCUUGGUGGAUUUGGCAGGCCUUUUGUAAUUUGCUCGGUUUCCAUGUUCUUCCUCAUUUCUGCAACAAACCCACUCAGGAAGAAAGAAUAGAAUAAGAUAGAGAGAAAGAGAGAGGUGGUUGUCAGAUGCUGGUUGGAUGUGCUGUAACUCAAUCAUAGAAGAGCUCUUCCUGCAAUCAUACUCACCUUUUUCUGUUUUUUAUUAUCUAUCUUCAACACUACAGUUUCCAUGUUCUUAAACUCCCAGAAGGUCUUAUCCAUCCUUUAGAAUCUUUUUUAUUCGUUUUCCCAUCUGGGUUUUGCUCACCUAUCAAUGUUCUUCCUCUCUGUAACAAUCCAAUAGAAAGCAAAGAGUCUCAGUUUUUCUAUCUGGGUUUUGGAGAUUGAUGUGUUUUUUCAUCUUUCCCACCCUUGAAAACUCAAAAGCUUGAAUCUUUCUACCUGGGUAUUGCAGAUUUCUGCUUCUUCUUCUUCUUCUUUUUUCUAGGAUCAAACAGUGGGCAAAUACUCGAGUUUUCCAUCUGGGUUUUUGGGAUUAAUGCGUUUUUUCAUCUCUCCAAUCCUUGAAAUUUUAAAUGCUCGAAUCUCUUCCAACUGGAUAUUGUAGAUUUUAUUGGGUUUUUCUCUCUGGCAUCAACGAAAGCUCGAGUUUUCUAUCUGGGUUUUGGAGAAUAUUACAUUUUGUCAUCUCUCCAACCGUUAAAGACUCGAAAGGUUGAAUGAUUUCAUCUUGCUUCGCAGAUUUUGGUAGUUCUUCUCUCUAGGACCAAUAGAAAGCAAAGCUAUAGUUUUUCCUUCUGAGUUUGCAGAGAGAACAGAGAUUUCCCCUCUAUGAUAGCUCACAUGCUGUGAAUUAUCCAUUGAAAGUAUACAGCCUGAAUUUCCAUCAUCUAGGGUGUUGCUGAAGAGCUCUCACAAUCCUGAGUAUCUUGUAUAUUUUUUUCAAUUUGGGUUUGAAGAGUAAUGCGCUUUAGGGAUUGCAGUAAUGGCAUCUUUGGUCCCAGGAGUCCUCUUGAAGCUUCUACAGCACAUGAACACCGAUGUGAAGGUAGCUGGUGAGCACCGCUCGUCACUGCUGCAGGUCGUCAGCAUCGUCCCUGCGCUUGCAGGCGGCGAGCUCUUUCCGAACAAGGGAUUCUAUCUCAAGGUCUCAGAUUCCUCACAUGCCACUUAUGCCUCCCUCCCCGACGAGCAUGACGAUCUCAUCCUCAGCGAUAAGCUGCAAUUGGGUCAGUUCAUCCAUGUUGAGCGGCUCGAGGCUGCAACACCCGUCCCAAUUCUCAGAGGAGUGCGGCCGGUGCCUGGUCGCCACCCGUGCGUUGGCAGCCCCGAAGAUCUGGUUGCCAAACAUUCCCUAUGCUUCCUCAAUCCUUCGGGAUCCAACCCCAUGGAGAGAACAUCGCCCAAGGGCUCAAAUGGCCGCCUAACUGGGGAGAAAGAGAAAUUGAAAUUAUUGAAAUCAAAUGGAAUGAAGGUCGAAGGGUCAGACACGAAGGCCAUUUUCAACAGAUCAAGAUCUUCUCUUUCAAAGCCUGCACUGAGUGUUGUAGAGAAGAAGGAAGUCGGGGCGAGGUCAAAAUCAGUGAAUUCACGGUCGAUCCCGUCAUCUCCAACGAGUUGCUAUUCAUUGCCCACAUCGUUUGAGAAGUUUGCGAAUGGUGUCAAGCAGCAAGCGAAGAUCAAAGGGCCAGAGAAGCCUACCACAAGGCAGGGGUUGCUGGAGAAAGCUACCUCCGUUUUCAGGGCAAGUUCGGUGGGAAAGCAGUCACCGAUCGGGAAUUCGAUAGGGAAUUGGGUCCAAGGGAUUGAAUUGGGGCCGAAGGCUUUGAGAAAAAGCUGGGAAGGGAAUGUGGAGAUGAAAGGGAGGGAAAAAUUGACUUCAAGGGCAGCCAAUAUGGAUGCAAAACAAGAUGCUCGGAGCACUUCUACUCCUCGGAAGAAGCUGCAAGCAAAUGACAAGCCCUUAUCUAAAGAGGACAAUAAGGUCCAGAUGCCUGGGAAGAAAGGAAAUGCAAAUGGAUCUUUGGAUGAUCCGAAUAGGUCAAGUAAGCUGCGGGCGUCUGUUAUAAAGAAAACAUCAGAAGUUGCUAAUAAUGGCAUCCCUGGCAACUUAGUCAAGGUUGUUACCAGUAAUAGAAGAUUGACAGAUGGUAGCAUUUCGUGGGCCGCUCUCCCUCCCUCUCUCGCAAAACUUGGAAAAGAAGUUUUGAGGCACAGGGAUGCAGCACAGCUUGCUGCCGUCGAGGCCAUACAAGAAGCUUCUGCUGCGGAGAGUUUGAUCCGUUGCUUGAGUGUAUAUACUGAUCUCAGUUCCUCAGCCAAGGAAGAUAACCCACAGCCUGCAGUUGAACAGUUUCUAACCCUCCAUGCCAAUUUGUGCCAAGCGGGCCUGAUCGCAGAGUCCCUGUCAAAGGUUCUUCCUGCAGGAUCAUCACCACCAGAUCAUGAAGAUGAACCAUCUGAAGAAGCUUUGAAGAUCUCAUCAGAGAGACGUAAACAAGCUGCUUCAUGGGUUCAAGCCGCAUUAGCCACUGAUCUAUCUUCCUUUACAGUGUUUAACAAACAACCCACCUCCAGCUCGGCUACAAAUCGUGGGCCGCAUAAUACUACAAGCAGCCAACAGAUGGUGGUGUUAGAGAAUUCUACUCGAAAUUCGGCAUUGAAGACUCAAAGCAAGGCUCGGAUCUCUAUCAGCUCCAAACUGACUGCAACUACAACUGCACGCCGGGCUGGGGAUGGACUAGCCAUGAGUCAGAAGCCACGGGCACCUCCGCCUGAGUGGGUCCGAGGGGGCGGCCUCAAUGAGGCAUCAGACCUGGCGAAAUCCUUAAGGGUGGAAUCUCGUGGUUGGUUCUUGGAGUUCAUUGAGAAGUUCCUAGAAGCCGAUGUGGAUGCAUCGGCACUGUCGGAUAAGGGUCAGAUCGCGGGUAUGCUGUCGCAGCUCAAGAGGGUGAAUGACUGGUUAGAUGAUAUCGGGGCCGGGAAGGAGAAUGGCGAGGGAUGCCCUGUCCCAGCCGAGACAGUUGAGAAGCUGAGGAAGAAGAUCUACGAGUAUCUACUCACGCACGUUGAAUCGGCCGCAGUUGCACUCGGCGGGGGCCAGGCGACGCCAGCUGGCCGAUCGACAGAACCAAAGGUAAGUAGAUGACAUGGGGUUUUUGUACGUUGCAUGCCCAUGCAAGUGCAUGAACGUCGUGGCGGCGCAGGACACGCUCAUUCCGAUGAUUAGGACACCCAUGUGAGAAGUCACCUGAGGAGGCCAUCAUUGUUUGUUCUUAUUUGUGUAUAUAGAAUCUAAGGUUGAGAUUAACAGCCUUAGUGAAAUGGGAAUAUCGAUCAAUGGUGUUGUGUUUGGGAUCAUAGAAAAAAAAAAUCAAA